AUGUUUCAAAAUAGACCUCUUCCACAGCAGGCGCCUUUAUUGGGACCUUCAAGGAGUAAUACUCUUGUACCUACUCCUGGAUUAAGGAUGGCGACUCCGAGGGCUGGACCUUUAGCUACUGGCACACCUCUGCCUUCACCAAUGGGCGUAUUACCAGCAAAUCGGUCGGUACUAGAUAAGAUGGUGGAUUAUUUGGUUGGUGAUGGCCCGUCAAAUAGGUACGCCCUUAUUUGCAAAAAAUGUUUUUGCCACAAUGGUAUGGCGGUGAAAGAAGAAUUCGAAUAUAUCUCAUUUAGAUGUUACUACUGCGCACAUUUCAAUCCAGCCAGAAAAAUGAAACCAACGGGGCCGAGAUUCGGAAGCACUUCAAAAAUCGAGUCAGUAGACAAUUCUUCUGAUUCCGAUAGAGAUUCUCCAGAUUCUGAUCCGGAGACAACUCCACAGCCAAUAGAAUCUGUGAAAUCUAGACGAUCGUCCUCAGAAACAGAAGUUCCAGUACCGAUUCAAACUGUUGCCGCAGUCGAAUUACCGAAAGAAUCUGCGAGCGAAAGGAAUUCAAAUUCUUCCCCUGAACUCGAAAAAUAUUCUGAUUUUGACAAAUUGUCUGACUUAGAAUCUCGAGAAAGCGAACCUACCGAUAAAUCACCAGAAGAUUCAGGGAUACCCCAGGAAUCGGUCGAAAGUACAAAUGCCACUCCUGAAAAGGCUGUAUUCGAGGAGACUCCCAUGGAAAUCGAUCGGGACAAGUCUGCCACAGAAUUUAUCAACGACGAAUCAUAG